AUGUCUGAGGGCAACAGACGUGAAACGAGUUCUCAGGGACCGAUGAGCGGUGCAGUUGAUGACAAAUAUUUAAAAGUGGCACCUAAUUUAUUCACACCGGAGAGAUUACAUCUGUUUGACUCUUUGGACCUUUAUGUUUCGUUGACGAAAUGUGCCAAAGCGGUUGAGCAGGGGGAGAGGUUACACAAUCUCAGUUGGAGGAUUAUGAAUAAGGCAUUGUUGAGGGAUAAGGAUAUCAACAAGUCUAAGAAACGCGAAGGUGUGAAAAACUUGUAUUAUGUGUUGAACCCUAUAACGAAUAGACAACCUAUGAAUCAGCAGUUGAGUAAGACUCCAUCACAAAACUCCACAUCUAGUCUGCGAUCUACUACGGUUCCCAAGAAACAUGCGGUGCCGCGAAUGGAGCCUUUGAGUAAGGCGAAUACCGCUGGUAGUAAUCAAAAGGUACCGCAUAGUAACAACGGUUCACUGUUUACAGGUACCAAGCAGCAUAAAUCGACGAGCGCAUUAAGUCACAUCAAUCGUCAAAGGAGUAAGAAAGAGGAUCCACAAACGAUAGUGAAAGGGUUUGAACCUAAUACAGUCAUUACACCGAAGAACCCAGCUAUUGCAAGAAAGGUAAAGAGCAGGCUUGAAGAAGGCGAAAAAAACACAUUCUACAUCGAAUCGACUCCAUCACCGGAGCCUGAUAAGCAUAAUGGAUCGACCACCACGUUACGCAAACCGCUACCGUCGCGGCAGGAGUCGUUAUUUGGUAAACCAAAGACUAAUGACCACGCGGCAAUAUCCAGUAGUCAUAACAGUAUGUUUUUCAGCAGUGAAGAGGAUGAUGAUGACGAUGAUUCUGAUUGGGAUGACGAUUCCCCAAUUUAUGAGGACGAUGAUGAUGUGAAUGACGAUGACGAAGAAGAUCAGUACUAUAGAAAGCAAUGGGACAAGCUAUUGCUUGGUAAAAACCCGAAUCACUCCUCAGGGAACGUUACACCCAACUCUGCGUCAUCGCAGGAUCCAAUAAAACGAAGCCUAUUAAGUGGGCUAUUCCUCAACGAGCAGUCCAAUGUUAAUUCCAAAAAUAAGACCACUCCGUUCGUUGCAAUAUCGAAUAAUGUUGCUCAAAACAACAAUACAAGACCGAUUCUGGGGACUAGCAACGUGACAGCCGUGGGGUCAGUGACACCACCGGACAAGAACGAUGUUGUUCAACCACAUGGCCAGUCGAAUGCACCACCCGCGGCACAGACGAUUCUUCCGACGGCACUCUCUACACAUAUGUUCUUACCGAACAACAUUCACCAGCAAAGGUUAGCGAUGGCCGCUGCAGCAAGUUCACAGGACUCACGAGGCUCACCGGUACACGAAUUACAAAGAAGAGCUACAAGGAGGGAGUCGAUGGACAUACCUUCGAAGAACAGAAACAAUACUUUCAUCAAGACCAGGAUGGAAAUCUCAGAGGAAGAGAAGAUGUCCCGGGCGUAUUCACAACGAAAUCUUUAA